GCUUCAUCUGUCCGUCAUUCGCGUCGUGCGCUCUCGUCGUCCGCCGUUUGUUCACGCAGUGUUCGCCGCUUGUCCUCUCUCUCUCUCUCUCUCUCUCUAUCUUUAUACACACAUACACAUCUCUCUCUCUCUCUCUCUCUCUCCCCCUCUCCUCGAAAAUCUCGCGAGUUCCAACCGUCCUUCGUUGGAACCGGACGAUCCUCCAGUGUAUAACCUCUUCGUUCGAUCGUGUUCAACCCCACGCUCGGCCACUCGACCAGAUCGACGAGAUGCCACUGUCAGAGUUCCGUAAAAAGAAGUUACUCUACGUUUUUAACACCUUCUUCGAUUUCAAUCAGAGUGGUGCAAUUGACAGAAAGGAUCUUGAUCUUGCUAUACAACGAAUCAAUGAAAACAGAGGUUGGUCUGCUGACAAUCCCAAGGCUCAAAGUAUAAGGGAUACUUUGCUUAAAAUGUGGGAUAACUUGAGGCAAGGGGCUGAUACGGAUCAAGAUGGCCAGGUGAGUCGAGAGGAAUGGUUCCAACUGUGGGAAGAAUAUGCGAAAAAUCCAUCGAAUCCAUCCGAAUGGCAAGAAGCAUACAUGUCUGUGACGUUCCAGUUGUUCGAUGCAUCCGGUGACAAAUCGAUCGACGAGAACGAAUUUUGUAACGUGUGCAGAUACCACGGAAUCGCGGAGGCCGAGGCCAGAGAGGCCUUCAAAAAAUUAGGAGUCGGACAGGAAAUUACCUGGGAUAAAUUCACCAACCUCUGGAAGCAAUAUUUCUCCUCGGACGAGCCGAGCGCAGCCGGAAACUUUAUUUUCGGAAAGACUUCCUUCUAACUCGCUUUAAACCCGCGGAAAAGUCAACCGACGUGCAUAAUAUAUAUAUAUUAUAUUAUACUUCCUUGAGUCGCGUUAUAUACUUUCGUCCAUUCUGUUGAUUUGGAUCAAGCCAAGCUCUUUCUGUUCGACAACGAAUAACAAACUAUUAAUAUUUUACUUCUUAAAAAACUAUUAUCGAGAGGAUUAUCGUCAUUUCUUUUUUCUUUUCUUUUUUUUUUUUUUUUUUUCAUAGAAAAUUUAUCUUCCUUUCCUUUUUUUCUUUCUUUCUUCGACGAUUAAAUAAAUAAGAACAAUCGUCCGCGCGAAUUCGCCAUCAUCAAUCGAAGAGAUGUACGUUCAAAGAUGUUUAGCGCAACAGCGAAGAAGAAUUCCUUCCGCCGCGGUAAUAAAUUAUAACCUCACUGUAUGUUUGUAUAUGUAGCGUUAUUUAAAUGUAAGAGAAAUGAAAAAAAAAAAAAAAAAAAAAGAAAAAAAGAAAAAAAAAAUGAUCGUGACUCGUGACAAGCCUCCUUCACGUCCAGUGGCAGAGAUCGUUGUGCUUUCGGAAGUGGGUGUAAUCGAACGAUCUCGAUUUUCGUUCGUCUACAGAAACAACAAAAUAUCUCACUCCAUUCGUUGAACAGACGAUAUUUUCAGAAUUGAACUUGUUCGGAAUAAAGCAUAGCCGCGUGUAUUAAUGGCUUCAGAGUUUUUUUUGUGUAACGUUGGGAAGAAAGAGAGAAAAAAAUAUAUGGCGUGGAAACGAAUAAAAAAAAAGAAGAAAACGAGAAAAAGGGAAAUAAGGAACAAAACAAAGCAAAAAAAAAAUUAUGAAUAUAACUUCGUUCGUAAUUAUUGGCAGAAAUAAAUUGGAGAUGGAUUAAGAAGUGAGAGAGAGAAGAAAAAGAAAAAAUGUUGGCUUAAUUAUCGUGUAAGGAAAUAUUGCAGAAAUGAAGUGUUAUAUUUUAAA